AUGAUUGUGUUAUACGUUUCGACUUUAAAAUUGCGCAAUGUGGCAGUGGUGGCGCCGUUGGAGACGAUUCGCACGCAUCUGAUGGUGGGGAGCUCUGGGCACCGCACGAUCGUGGGCGUGUUCCGCUGGAUCAUGCAGAAGGAGGGGUGGCGCGGGCUGUUCCGCGGCAACGCCAUCAACGUCCUCCGCGUCGCUCCCGGCAAGGCCGUGGAGCUAUUCACGUACGACACUGUCAAGAAGCUGCUCACCCCGCCAGACGGCGGCAAGCCCAUCAUUCCCAUCCCACCAUCCUCCAUUGCCGGGUCCGCUGCUGGCGUGGCCGCCUGCUGCCUCAUGUACCCCCUAGAGCUCGUCAAGACAAGGCUGACCAUCCAGCCGGGCGAGUACCGUUCCAUUCUGCAUGCAUUCUACCGCAUCAUCACAGAGGAGGGCGCUCACGAGCUCUACAGGGGUCUGGGCCCCAGCCUGAUAGGCAUCGUGCCGUACGCCGGCUCCAACUACUUUGCAUACGACACGCUGCGCACGCUCUACAAGAGGCUCGCCAAGAAGGACAAGAUCGAGCCGCUGGCCACGCUCAUCAUUGGCUCGCUAGCCGGUGCUGCUGCUGCCUCGGCCACGUUCCCCCUGGAAGUCGCCCGCAAGCAGCCUAAUAGGCAGUUUGCCGGCUCCAACUACUUGGCCUACGACACGCUGUGCACGCUUGCUGGGGCUGGGUUGAGGAGGUGUGCUUGCUGGGCGGCAGUGUGCUUUUUUUUGUCUCUUGGUGCUGCUUCUGGAUUUGCUGGUGCUGCCAGUGCUGCCAGUUUUGCUACUGCUCCCGCCUCUCCUACAUUCCCACUUAAAGAGCGCGUCUCGCGCACUCAUCCCACAAACGAACAGUCUGAUGCCCCCGUACCCACUCCAACCGCCGUGGCGGCCACCUUCACAGCACCACCCGCAUCCCCAGCGUUCACCCAGCCACUCCUCGAGUUCCCUUUGCCGGCCGUGGAGUUCUCUCUGCGUGAGCUGGCGGCCUGCACACGUGGAUUCAGCCCUGAUGCCAUGCUGGCGAUGGACUGGGCGGGCGCCGUGUACCGCGGGUGCUGCCACGUGGGUAAGGGUCACGUGGGCGGUGAAGGUCCCCACUUGGAGGGGCCUACCAAGGAAGCUCCACGUGAUUCGGCGAAACGUGCCCAAUCUCCAGCCGACCAGUGCUGCUGUGCCACGUGUCAAGAGCUCACCGCCACUGAGUGUGUGACUCUAAGAGGCGGCUGCGCGAGGGUGAAGCGUUGGCGGUACCUCCCUUCCUCGUUGCCUCCCCCACCGUCCACGUCAGCAGCUGCCGACGCGACAGGCAGCAGAAGCACGAGCAGCGAGCAGGGACCAACAGCGUCAGAUAGCAUGCCGUCUCAUACGCCCGAGCAGGCACAGAUCUCUGGAGAGGUGGACUCGUCUGUCUCUGCAGGGAGGGAGAUGAUGGGGCGUCUGGCAGCAGCAGCAGCGUCGCACAUGAACUUGCUGCCGAUUGUGGGAUUCAGCUGCUCGGAAGAGCUGCUGCUGGUCUUCCGCUCCAACCCCUCUGCACGCUCCCUCGAAUACGCCCUCGCAAGAGCGGGGUCCCCCUCUGCUCUCUCCUCCUGGUCCGCUCGUCUCUCUAUUGCUCGUCAGAUAGCAGGAGGGCUAGAUCACCUCCAUUCCCACAGCUUUCUGCACGCUUCCCUCCGUCCCGCCAACGUGCUUCUGCACGCUGUUGGAUCAACGCAGCGUUGCAGCCCCCAGUCGCCGAGCCAUCUUUCGGACCGAGAGCAACGGUGGUGGCGCCACAUGCUUCGUCGGAAGGCUCGGGCCGAAUCUGCUGCUCAGGUCCGGGUGCAGCUGGCGGAUUACGGCAUGCCCUGCCAGGCUCGGGACGGGCAAGGUUCGGAAGGGAAGAGCCUUGGGUGUGUCGUGUUUGGUGAUGCCAAAUACCUGGACCCUGCAUUCAUGGGAUCGGGCCGUCCAGUUUGGGCCGGUGAGGUACCACCAGGCUUCAGCGCUGGUGCAGUGGUGUACUGA